UAGACGUGGGACGGAAUUCUAACACAACACAUGCGGAUGCGAUAACUCAAACCAUGAAAACGAGACAGUAGUUUAAGUAUGAAUUUAAAUCAAGUUUUCUGCUUUUAAUAAUUGGUUGCCAUAAUUUUCCCAUUACGCAGAGGAAAACAUCUGAUAACUCCACUCAUGCGCUGUGGCUGCAAAAAUCAAAGAGUAAGAAAAGCAGCUCCGUGCGUGUUAGCAGGCGUUUCAGCACCAAGGAGACUGGGAAGAGAUGGAGUAAGUGAGCUCAAGCUCGGCGGUUCUUCUGCGAGCGAGCUUCAUUCACAUUAGCCCGUGCGCAAUGGCACCGAGCGUUCCUCCCUCUCCUGCUGCACGCUGUGACCGGGCAACUUUUUACUCUUCGCAGAUGAUGCUCUCCCAGAAUGGCGCCUGAUGAAUUAUCUGGGAAACGGUAACUGGCUUGCCAAACAUCACACUUCCCAUGUCACCGGGACAUCUCCAUGGCAAUGUUUAGCAGCUCAGAGCGGCUCUGGAAUGAGUCAAACCACCUCGGAUGGGAUGAGAGGAACGAGAGCUCGGAUGCAUCAGAGAAAGAUGGGGGGGAGCGCAACUACUACGCCAUGCUAUACUCUUUGCUCAUCCUGGCCAUUGUAUUUGGGAAUGUGUUGGUGUGUCUGGCUGUGCUGAGAGAGCGUUCACUCCAGACAACCACCAACUACCUGGUGGUCAGUUUGGCUGUGGCUGACCUGCUGGUGGCCUCAUUGGUCAUGCCCUGGGCUGUGUACCUGGAGGUGGUUGGCGGUGCCUGGCUUUUCAGCAGGCUCUACUGUAACAUCUUUGUCACGCUGGAUGUGAUGAUGUGCACGGCCAGUAUUCUCAACCUGUGUGCUAUCAGCAUUGACAGGUAUACAGCUGUAGUGAUGCCUGUUUUGUACAACACCACUCACCGCUCGAGGAAGAGAGUUUUUGUCAUGAUUACCACAGUGUGGGUCCUAGCCUUCGCCGUCUCCUGCCCCCUGCUGUUCGGCUUCAACACCACAGAUGACCCCUUGGUGUGCUCAAUCUCCAACCCUGACUUUGUAAUCUAUUCCUCUGUGGUUUCCUUCUACCUGCCAUUUAUUGUCACUCUGCUGGUCUACAUCCGCAUCUACGUCUUCCUGAGGAUGAGACGGAAGAGGAUCGCCUUCGGACAGGCCAGUGGAAAAGUACAGCCAGGUACCAUCCAGCCAUCUGUGGAGACCUGCCUUCAAGAGGAGACUCCCAAGGCAAAGCAAGACUUAUCUCCUAUAAGGAUUAAAGUGCAGAGUGUUGAACCAUCAGGUCCUUCAAAGCCCAGUCUGCUUUCAGGAUGCUUGUGGCACAAACGCCCAAAAACAGGACCUGUGGAGAACUCGGUGCAGCCCCCAGUGGACACGCAGAACUACUGCAGCAUCAGCCAUGCCUCCUGUGGCCGCACAGAGCUGGACCUGGAGCAGGAGCGAGGAGAGCAGGAUGCAGAGAACAUCAACCAGAUGGAGCAUCACUCUGUCAGGAUGAGCUGUGAGGUGAAGAAUCUGUCAAACGGACGGACUCACACGUCACUUCGACCAAUGUCUCAUUUGCACACCAAUCCACGAUUCAGAACCAUGCACACACGGGAGAAAAAAGCUACUCAGAUGCUGGCCAUAGUACUCGGGGUGUUUCUCAUCUGCUGGCUGCCUUUUUUUGUGACUCAUAUUCUGAACACCCACUGCAGGACAUGCUACGUGCCUCCUGCACUUUACAGUGCUUUCACCUGGCUGGGGUAUGUAAACAGUGCCCUUAACCCUGUCAUCUACACCACCUUCAACAUCGAGUUCAGACGGGCCUUCAUCAAGAUCCUCAGCUGCUGAGGUGGAAGACAUGUCAGGAGAUUAAAAUGGAAAUGAGACAGUGCCCUCAUGCAAUAACUCAGGAGUGGUGCAUUUUGCAAACCGUGAACCCAGAUGUACACCAGUUACGAUCAAAAGAAGCAAAACAGCAAGCAGCAAGGUGAAGCUUGGACCAACAUUGUGGUUUGCAAUCAAUGCAAACAAUAAGGAUUUUUUCCCCCUCUCUUAAUUCCAGCAAAGACUGAAACUUUUCUUUCUCAGAAGGGCUGGAAUUCCUAAUGAAAAGUGUUACUCCUCAAAAAAGACUUUCAUAUUCAUAAUACUGAUAGCACAAGGUGUGGACUUUCUUUUGGAUAUGUAUUGUCUAGUCUAGUGUAUGCACUGCUCAUUUCCAGUUGCUCAGUUCAGGACUUUAAGGUCGAUAUAAGGUUGGAAAGCUCUUUGGAGCACAAAUACAGAUUUAAGGCUGAUAAAUGGAUGUGUGGGCCAUUUCAUUGUAAGGCGUUCUGCCGCUGCACUGUGUGGAUUAACUGAUGACACUCACCUUCCCCUUCCUCCUUCAUCACCAUGACCUUCAGUUACUUGCCAGUGCAUGCACAAAUCAAAAAUCACAACUGUGUAUUUGAAAUGUGCUGAAAGGCUCACAACCUUGCUGAGACUUACUUUUUUAUGUACAUCAGUGUGCAGGCACUGUGCUCAUUGUGGAUUCAUUUGGAGAAAAAAAAAGUGAAAUUUUAAUGUGAAAACAUUUUCAGUGUUUCUUGAGGGAAAUGUGUUUAUUGGCAAUCCCAUCCAUGAUUUAGAGCUGUCUGCUGGUUGCUCUUGAAGAAGGUAAAUGCUUUGUAAUCUUAACAAAUCCAGAAAGAUUGUAAACUAAGCAGUAUGGAAGUCUGUCAUGGACUGAGCAUUAUGUUGUAAAUUAAAUGAAAAGAAUAAACCUUUUCCAGGUU